GCUGUAUCUAAUGCACUAAUAACUGUAGUGCUAAGUGAUCAUAACUGCGUGCACAUUACUAGAUAAACAUACCAAAAGGUAAAAAGACACUUUUUGACAGCAGCGAUAAAUCAGACAGAAUGUUUGUAAUCAACCGUUUCACGGGCGACGAUGACGGUUCUGCUGAGGAUGUCAAACAGCGCAAGUUGCUAGAAGCACAGGAACGUAUCGCACAACGGAAAGCGAAGCGAGAUGCGAUAGAGUUGGAGCGGAAACUAAUCUAUGACGAGAGAGAGCGGUUAGAAGAAGAGGCACGUGCGCAAGAACAGGCCAGGAUAGACAAGAUCAAAGGCAAGGGUAAAAAGAAAGAUGCGAUUAGCAAAGGCUUGAAGUUGGCUAGUGAAGACACGGAUGUGGGUGGAAUUGGUAAUGGUGGAGACGGCAGUAUAAGUGAUAGUACAAGCGGAAGUGAAAGUGAUGAAGAGCCGGAAUUAGAGGUGAACGCGACAAGGAAGGUCGUGCCAAACAAACGCAAAGUGGAUGCAACCGCUGCUGUAAACGCGAUCGAGAACUUGGUCGAGGGUGGAGUGCCUACGAAGGCUCGAAAUGAGGAAGAUAUAGAAGAUAGUACAGAUAAGACAGGUAUAAGGGAUACAGAGGAGAUCGACGAUGAACCGAGAGUUAGCAGUAGUAAUGAUAGUAGUAUUAAGAACAGCAGUAGUAAGAAGCGGGUGAAGGUAAUGCCCCGGUGGAUGCAAACACAGGUAGUAGUGGAUACCGACCUGGCCGACCUACAAGCGCCGGUCAGUGAGGACUGUUUCGAGGGUCUAGCGUUGGAUAGCCGUGUUGUGAAGACACUACAAAGGCAAGGCAUCACUCACUUCUUCCCCAUACAACGACAUGUGAUUCCGCUGAUGUUGAGGGCAGGUCUCUCGCCGGGCACACACCCGGGUGAUGUGUGCGUAAGCGCUCCUACAGGAAGUGGUAAGACACUGGCGUAUGUGGUGCCAGUGGUGAGCUGCCUUGCCAACCGAGUGGUAUGUCAGCUGCGGUGUCUUGUGCUGCUACCUACACGUGACCUGGCCGAACAAGUGCGGAGCGUGUUCGGCGCCCACACACAGAACACGGGCCUAGUGGUUGCGAUGGUUACGGGACUGACACCGUUUGAGAAAGAGAAGUCGAUCCUGGUCACGACUGAUUGGUGA